GAACUCUUCUGUGUCUGGCUUCUUUCCCUUAAUGUCAUUUUUUGUAUGAAAUUCACGCAUGUUGCGCUUGGGUAAUUUAUUUUUUUACUGGACUUCCGAUUCUUUAUUACUGAUAAUGGUCAGCCUCCAUUUUGCUAAGAGCUUUUUUUUCUCUCCGAGUUGCUGAUUCUAGCCUUGGGCGAUCUAUAAAGCUGAGUGCUCGCUAAGUGACCUCUCAGGGGUCGCCGCCUUGGACGAUCAAUAAAGCCGAGCGCGGGCUAUGUGAUCUCUCAGGGGUUGUUUCCAACCGUGUUGUUGACAUCUUGAGCCUGCCAAGGACUAGAAUAACCUGAAAACUAGGCUUCUCUGGGGUCUCGCCGAGGGGCAGCGUUAGAACCAGAAGAGAACAUUGUCCCCAGAAGACAUUUUACCAUUUUCUUUGAUGGUAAACAGGCUCACUCAUACCGAAUCCAAACCCAGGCGAGAGCUAUGGACUCUUGAAAUGGUCGGUGAAAGGGGCGAAAGCACCAGGAAAUUAUGCUUCAACAGUCCACGACAGAAGGGAGGGUCUGAAACUGGCGAAACACCGGCCCUUUUGUUAGGGCCUUGACCUGGGCUUCCGCCACGGGGCCGGGUCACGUGGCCAACGCAGCUCCACCUCCUACCGCGGCCAGUGAUGACGCCACCAGGUCUGAGCGGAUAGACCGCGGUGACAUCUCCACUGCGGCGGACUCACUGAAAGUCAAACCGCUACCAUUAGGAGUCCUCCACGCUUAACAUAUCCAUUCUUUCUCGUUUGAACAUAAUCAGGCUGCUCCUUCUCCCCAUUUUCUGCCUUCUCGCGGAGGCUGAGAGACUAGCCUUACACAACAUGGCUGCCUGGUGUGUUUGGUGUCCUAGAGCGGACGGAAGCAGGUGACUCUCUACUCAACUUCCGACUUAGACUCCGAAAAUUGCUACAGAAAGAUCUAGAAGAGGUAAGGGUAUUGCUGGAAAAGGCUACUAGGAAAAGAGUAUGUGAUGCCCUUACAGCUGAAAAGUCCAAGAUUGAGACAGAAAUCAAGAACAAGAUGCAACAGAAAUCACAGAAGAAAGCAGAACUUCUUGAUAAUGAAAAACCAGCUGCUGUGGUUGCUCCCAUUACAACGGGCUAUACAGUGAAAAUCAGUAAUUAUGGAUGGGAUCAGUCAGAUAAGUUUGUGAAAAUCUACAUUACCUUAAGUGGAGUGCAUCAAGUUCCCACUGAGAAUGUGCAGGUGCAUUUCACAGAGAGGUCAUUUGAUCUUUUGGUAAAGAAUCUAAAUGGGAAGAGUUACUCCAUGAUUGUGAACAAUCUCUUGAAACCCAUCUCUGUGGAAGGCAGUUCAAAAAAAGUCAAGACUGAUACAGUUCUUAUAUUGUGUAGAAAGAAAGUGGAAAACACAAGGUGGGAUUACCUGACCCAGGUUGAAAAAGAGUGCAAAGAAAAAGAGAAGCCCUCCUAUGACACUGAAACAGAUCCUAGUGAGGGAUUGAUGACUGUUCUAAAGAAAAUUUAUGAAGAUGGAGAUGAUGAUAUGAAGAGAACCAUUAAUAAAGCAUGGGUGGAAUCAAGAGAGAAGCAAGCCAAAGGAGACAUGGAAUUUUGAGACUUUAAGGUCCUUUUGGGAACUGUGAUGUGAUGUGGAAAUACUGAUGUUUCCAGUAAGGGAAUAUUGGUGAGCUGCAUAUAUAAAUUUGACAGAUAGCUAUUUACAUAGCCUUCUAGGUAAAGGCAGUGAAUUCUCCAUUUCCUACUGGAGGAUUUAUUUAAAUAAAAUUUGCUUAUUAAACACUCCUGCAAAGAUGGUUUUAUUCGUACCCUGGUCAUUUUGUUCAAGGAAGGGUUAUAAUUGCAUUCUCAUGUGAAAUAUAAAAAGCAAGUCUUGCCCAAUAAAAACGCUACAUUGUGUGUAUUUUUUGUUCAGCUAAGAAUUGGAGAAGUAUUUGCUUGCCUUUAGGUUACUGACAUCAGCUUCCACCAGUGUAAAAAUUGAGUAAACCUGAAGUUUUGCAUAAAAUGCAGAUCGGUACCUGUGCUUGAAGGUUGCUGUAGAGCAUCUGACCCCUUAUUAACACCUUAAGCAAUGUGUGUGCCAUGCAUUACCAUGCAUUAAUUCAAUCACAGGUGUUUCUAUCUAGAUUGAAAUAUGUUUGUCAAUGAAUAUAGAAUAGAAACUAAAUCUAAACAUGACAAUAGACACACAUCUUUGUAUGGUACCAAUUAGUUUUGCUGUGGAUCAGAUGGUUUAUGACAGUAAUAACCAUAAAGCAAAAAAUAAUCUGAAAGCCCAUCUAUUCCUAUGCUCAAUAAAGUUAAGUUUUUCUUCAUUA